AUGGGCCAUCAAGACGUGGACAUUUCAUCUUGCCCAUUCUGUCCCUUUUUCGAUACGGACUCCCACUUCGUUGUGGAGCAUAUUGAAUUCUGUCACCCUGAAAAUGGGAUAUCUGGCACUGAGUAUGGUCAACUCACUAUGCAACCACAAGACGCAGCGUUGGAAUGCCAGCGGCCUUCAGUUUGGGACGAAACGGAAUUUCAAACGGACAAAUAUGUCGACUGUCCGCAUGGCUGUGGGGAAGUAGUCAUGAAUACUGAGCUGUCUACUCACUUGGACCUGCACUUUGCAGAAGAAGUUGCCCAUGAAGAUUCAGCAUCGCCGCAAUCAGGAGCACUCGUGGAAAAACCGGAUGGCCACCGAUUUGAUGAUUUCGAUGAUAGAUACAGUGUCCAAGACAAGUAUGCAUUCCGGACGGAAGCAGGUAAAGCACAUAAUCCUCGUUCAAAGACUGCAUACCACAAGACCACAUCGGUCGGAAGCGUGAAAAGGCUUGGGCGGGCCGAAUUAGGGCCUCAUGCCAACGAAAAGCGGAUGCCAUCUUGGUUGUUGAAGAUGCUGGAAAAAGGCCCGAAGAUGACGCAGUCAAAUCAAAUAUCUUCCGAUGGCACACUUUCAAAACAUGUGACGAUUGAAAACGAGGCCAGUCAUGUCAUCCCGGUGCUAGCCAAGCUAUGUGAACAAGACACGUCUGUCCAGCGUGCUUUUCUCUGUAGCCCUGACGUCCGUCAUAUCUUCAAGAUGCCGCGGGAAGGUGGAUUCUGUGGCUACAGGAACAUACAAAUGCUCAUCUCUUAUAUCCAAGAAGCUAGGACCCCGGGGCAUGAGCAUUUUCAAAAAGGGUUGCCGACAAUCCUGGAAUUACAAGAUAUGAUCGAAAACGCGUGGGACAUUGGAUUUAACAGCGUUGGUAGGGUUGAGACUGGAGGCAUUCGUGGAACUAGGAAAUACAUAGGGACACCUGAGGCUCAAGCCCUCUUUUCAAGCCUUGGGAUACAGUGCGAAGCCAAUAGUCUCGCAGAGACGAAAGAUAUGCGUGCUCACGAUGCUCUGUACAUGGACGUUGCUGCGUACUUUCGACAAGCCUGCUCGUUAGGUAUAAAUGGUAAGGUGAUUGUCACAGAGCUAGGCCCCAUUUACUUCCAACACCAAGGGCACUCAUUGACCGUUGUUGGGUUCGAAAUUCGAGAUAAUGGAACCGCAAACUUAUUGGUAUUUGAUCCCAUGUUCAGGACUUCUCAGGCGAUCAAGCGCCUCGUAGGAACGAGUGCAAAAGUCCCUGACCCUGCACGACUUCUAAAGGCAUAUCGGCGAGGAUCGGCUUACCUGCAAAAGUAUAAGCUCUUUGAAACGUUGAAGUAA